AUGGCCCAGGAAGCUGAUAUGCCUACCUUCAAGUGUGUCCUCGUCGGUGACGGAGGUACUGGAAAAACUACAUUCGUAAAGCGUCACUUGACUGGAGAGUUCGAGAAGAAGUACGUAGCGACUCUCGGAGUUGAGGUCCAUCCUCUGAUUUUCCACACAAACCGAGGACCCAUCAGAUUCAACGUAUGGGACACAGCUGGUCAAGAAAAAUUUGGAGGUCUUCGUGAUGGUUACUACAUCCAGGGUCAGUGUGCUGUUAUCAUGUUUGAUGUUACAUCACGUGUAACGUAUAAAAAUGUACCCAACUGGCACAGAGAUUUGGUACGUGUCUGUGAGAAUAUUCCAAUUGUUUUAUGCGGUAACAAAGUUGAUAUUAAGGACAGAAAAGUCAAAGCCAAGAGUAUUGUUUUUCACCGAAAGAAGAAUCUUCAGUACUACGACAUCAGUGCUAAGAGUAAUUACAACUUUGAGAAACCUUUCUUGUGGUUAGCAAGGAAAUUGAUUGGUGACCCUAACUUGGAGUUCGUCGCCAUGCCAGCUCUAUUACCACCAGAGGUUACCAUGGAUCCACAAUGGCAACAACAAAUUGAAAAGGAUCUUAAGGAAGCCCAAGAAACGGCAUUGCCUGAAGACGAUGAGGAUCUAUAG